GGGGAUCGUCAAAAGGAAGUCAAGAAUAGUUUGGAGGAGAAAUAGGAAUGUAGUCGAGAUCCUUUGUAGCUACAAGCAGCACAGUAGGAUGCCGGAGUUGCCGUGCACGUGCAAGCACUACGACUUAGCCGUAGUCAAGGGGCAUGUACUGACAAGGAUAGGGGAUAUCCCAGGACUGUCAGCCUUGGUGCUGAACGGGAAGAACGUGGUCCGUCCUAGAAUCGAGACGACGGAAGAGGAAAUCAGCAGCAGUCUACGACUGGGCCUCUCAUCUGUGUUGAAUGGGCAAUUAGGCGAGCAGUUGUCGGACCUCCAAAUUGAAGAUUGUUUCUCGGCAGAGCGGAAUCUGCACUGUGACGCUGACGAAGGGAUAGUCUAUGCAGUCAGAAAGAAGUUCAGGGACCUGAUAAUCACGCAAGUGGACAUGAACGCGGGAGACCUCGUGCUAAUGUGUCCAUCGACAUACCAGCACGGUCUGGAUAAAUUAUUCUCCUGGAGCGUAGCAUAUGAUGAAGUCAGCAGCAACGAAGCAGUGAUCCUGAAAGAAAUGAGGGCCGAUUUUGAGAGUCGGGGCCUGCACAAGCUAGUAAACUGGAAUCCGAAGGGGAGAAUUGGUGACGCGUAUGUACUACCCAAACACAAGGAUCUAGAGAGAUGGCGGCCCAUUGCGCCCGCGUGCAGCGAGCCCACGACGACUGGCAACCGCUGGGUUGCGAGGGCGCUCAACUAUUUGCUCGAGAAGCUACCUGGUGCGGUGCACUUUAACCUCACCGCUACCGCCAAACUCAAGCAAAACCUGAAGAAGGCAGAAGCGAAGCUCCAGCAAUACGUCAAGGAUACGCUGACUAUCAGUGGGGGAUUCGACAUUAAGGAGAUGUUUACAUCUCUUCGACACUCAACGAUCAUGGAAGCACUCACCUGGCUUCUGGGAGAAUGGGAGAAGAAAGGUUAUCAGAGGAUCACGGUGUGCAAGAGGAGGAAGCAAGUCACUCUCGGCAGGAAGACGUACGGGAAAGGCUACGUCAAGCUUCCCUUCAGCCACAUCUGGAGCUUCAUUUCCUUCGAGCUGCAACAUACCUACACCAAGUGCAGAGGAAAGCUGCUAAGGCAGGUUAUCGGAGUGCCAAUGGGAAAGAAUUCCAGUCCCCCACUGGCAUGCAUACUUUGUGCGAAGUAUGAGAAAGGGUUUCUGAGAUCGCUGGGAAGCGACCGGAAGCUUGUCCAUGGGGUAAGGUUCAUGGACGAUGCGAUGCUGGCAGUUGUGUGUAACCGAAGAAAGGAGAGCUCCAUCCGCGAGGCGUGAUAAAUUUUAAGGAAGUUCGGAAGUUGUUAUGGUGGACAAGCUAUCUUUGGUC